AUGGAGGACCUUACAAGGAAUUACACCAAGCCAUGCAUCAUGGAUAUCAAGAUGGGGCGCAAGACGUGGUAUGAAGGGGCUCCUCAGAAAUACAUCGACAAAUGCUUGGUCAAAGACGCCACCACCACAAGCGGAAGCUUGGGCUACAGGGUAGCAGGCAUGCAGGUGCACGACAGCAGCACUGGCGCCAUGUGGAGGGCUGACCGCAAGUGGUGCCAGAACCUGACCAAUCAGCAGAUGCCAGCUGUCUUCCGCCUCUUCUUCUCCUCCACUCCCACCGCUGACGCCCCUGCCGUCGAUGCUAUCGCUGCUGCUGCUGCUGCAGCUGGUGCUGCUGGUGCUGCUGCUGCUGGUGUUGCUCUCAGUGCUGAGGCGAAGCAGAGAAUGAGAGGCAUUCUGUGUGGAGAGGGAGGGCUAUUGGCGCAGCUGCAGACACUGAGGGACUGGUUCACGCAGCAGAGCUCUUUCCAUUUCCCCUUUCCAUUUCCUCUUUCCAUUUCCUCUUUCCAUUUCCUCUUUCCAUUUCCUCUUUCCAUUUCCUCUUUCCAUUUCCUCUUUCCAUUUCCUCUUUCCAUUUCCUCUUUCCAUUUCCUCUUUCCAUUUCCUCUUUCCAUUUCCUCUUUCCAUUUCCUCUUUCCAUUUCCUCUUUCCAUUUCCUCUUUCCAUUUCCUCUUUCCAUUUCCUCUUUCCAUUUCCUCUUUCCAUUUCCUCUUUCCAUUUCCUCUUUCCAUUUCCUCUUUCCAUUUCCUCUUUCCAUUUCCUCUUUCCAUUUCCUCUUUCCAUUUCCUCUUUCCAUUUCCUCUUUCCAUUUCCUCUUUCCAUUUCCUCUUUCCAUUUCCUCUUUCCAUUUCCUCUUUCCAUUUCCUCUUUCCAUUUCCUCUUUCCAUUUCCUCUUUCCAUUUCCUCUUUCCAUUUCCUCUUUCCAUUUCCUCUUUCCAUUUCCUCUCCGCCUCCAUCCUCAUCAUACACGAGAAGGGGAACUGGGAGACAAAGAGCGCCCUGAAGGGCUUUCCUUAUUCAAGCGACUUCACUCCCUUUCUGCUCACAUUCCUCUGCACUCACCACCAUUGCCCCUUCACAGGUUCGUCCAGCAGACCUCCCUCCUUCCACUUCGUCUCAGCCUCCAUCCUCCUGUUUUGCAAGGAGGAGAGCGGGGAUGGGAGUGCAGCAAUGUGCAUUUCUCAUCUCAUUCGAGCGACCUUUCUUUCCUUUUCCUUCCUCUCCCACUCUGCUCAACUCACCGCCAUUGCUGCCCCCUCCCCUCACAGGUUCGCGCAGCAGACGACUUUCCACUUCUUCUCAGCCUCCAUCCUCCUCAUUUACGAGGCCAACACUGGUGAACACGAGGGGGCAGAGGCAAAGGAAGAGGGGAAGGAGGCGGGAAGCGGUGCUGCCCACCCUCCCUCUCUGAGGCUCGUGGACUUUGCACAUGCCAUCGAUGCGCAAGGCAAGGUAGAUGAGAACUUUUUGCAAGCUGUAGAUGGGGUGAUGGCAGCGUGGAAAGGAGUGCUUGGAGAGUAG